AUGCGUUUCACUGCCGCCACUGUUGCCUUCUUCGCCGGCCUUGCCGUUGCCGCCCCCGGUGCUGCUGACCAGACCGUCUACGAGACUGAUGAGGUUACCAUCACCUCCUGCGCUCCCACCGUCACCGACUGCCCCGGCAACUCCGGUGUUGAGCCCACUGGCACCCCCGCCAUGACCACCAGCGUUCCUGCUGAGGUCACCAGCAGCGUCCCCAGCGCUGGCUCUUCCGAGACCCCUGCCUGGUCCGAGACCCCCGCCUGGUCCUCCGAGACCCCCGCCUGGACUGCUCCCGCCUCCAGCGCUGCCUCCUCUGGCGUCCCCCCCGUUGCUCCCUCCAUGAGCACCGGUGUUCCCCCCGUCGCCCCCGUCGGUACCCCCUCGGUCACCGCCAUCACUACUUGCAUCCCCACCGUCAUCUACUCUACCGUGACUCCCUCCGCCACUGCCCCCGCUGGCAACGGCGGUAACGGUGGUGGUGUCCCCCACCCCAGCAAGGGCCCCUCCGGUGUUUCCCCCUCCGGCACUGCCUCUGCUACCCCCGCCGCCUCCUCCCCUGCCUUCAACGGUGCUGGUGCUCUCUCCGGCUCCGUCGGCUUCGCUGGCUUCGCCGCCAUCGCUGCUUUCGUUCUGGCUUAA